AUGUCAAAUCAAGGAACAAUAUAUAGUAUACCAAAUAGCAAGAAACCAACUAAUAAUAAAUUGCCCAAUUUAUUAAUACCAUCACCAGUUUCAAUUAAUAAAUCAGAUCAAACCUACAAACAACCUAGACGAAAACCACCACCGAUAGAUUUUCUGAGAAUUCAUGGGGCGUAUUCAAAUACACCAGAUACUAUAUCGCCCAAUCCAUCUAGUGGAACACAUAGUGGUAUACAGAGCGCCACUAGUGACAUACUGGAGAAUUUAAGAGCACACAAUAUUGGAAAUAAUACUAAGCAGAAUAACGAACAGUGUAAGAAUAAUGAACAGAGUAAGAAUAAUAACGAUGAGAUACAGAAAAGAGUAGAAGAUUUAUCACCGGAUGACUGGAAUAGGUUAGCUAAUGAUAAUCAAAUAAUAGAGCUUAAUAAAUUAGGGGAGGGAAAUGGAGGUAGCGUGUCGAAGUGUACAUUAGUAAACGGAUCACAGAUUUUUGCUUUGAAACUAAUUAAUGCAGACCCCAAUCCAAACAUACAGAAACAAAUAAUAAGGGAGUUACAAUACAACCGAGUGUGUGACUCGCCAAACAUUGUCAAAUAUUAUGGUACAUUCAUGGUAGAGAAGCAACUGAUGAUUGGGAUUUCGAUGGAAUACAUGGGAGGCAGAUCAUUGGAUGCCAUUUACAAACGAGUUAUUGAACUAGAUCCUACAAACAGAAUCAAUGAGAAAGUGUUAGGAAAAGUUGCGGAGUCAAUUUUAACGGGUUUAAACUAUUUGCACCAGCAACGUAUUAUCCACAGAGAUAUCAAGCCAUCGAAUAUUCUUUUGGACAGUGAAGGAAAUAUCAAGCUAUGCGAUUUUGGCGUCAGUGGUGAAGUCGUGAAUUCGUUGGCCACUACGUUCGUGGGGACACAGUACUAUAUGGCUCCCGAGAGAAUAAUGGGUAAGCCAUAUACUGUCAGUUGUGAUAUUUGGUCUCUAGGUCUCACAUUGCUCGAAGUUGCAAUUUGCAAGUUCCCGUUCAUUACAGAUGACACCAUGGUCGGACCAAUCGAGCUAUUAUCAUUAAUAUUGGAGUACGAACCAAAGUUGAACGAUAUUCCCGAACAAGGCAUCUUUUGGAGCGAUUCCUUCAAAAACUUCAUAGGUUACUGUUUGAAAAAGAAUAGCGAAGAAAGGCCAAGUCCUAGACAAAUGUUGAGUCAUCCAUGGUGUGUCAGCCAACUGAAAAUUAAAGUCAGAAUGGAUAAAUUUGUCAAGAAAUUAUGGGGCCAAUUGGAUUAG